AAACCACUCAUUUUCGAUUUUCAUUUCUCAUUCUAAACCCUCUCUUUUCAAUUAGGUAUUCAUCAAUUCAAUUCCCUCAAUUUUCCCAUCAAAAUCCCAAUCAAUACAUGAAAUUCCCUUCAAUUUAACCCUCAAAAUCCACACAAUCAGCCGAAAAUCCCCAAAUUUUCUCGCAAUUAAAAACCCAAUUGAAAGCAAAUCGGUUCGGUUCAUCACUCAAUCGAUGAUAGUAUGGGCGAAUUCAAGUCAGAGAUUGAUAAAGAGUCAUUUUCAAUGUCGAUAAACGAGACAGUGAACGCGUCUCACAAGUUCACAAUCAAAGGCUAUUCGUUAGCCAAGGGAAUGGGAGCUGGAAAAUGUAUAUCGAGCGAUGUUUUUUCAGUGGGCGGUUACGAUUGGGCGAUUUAUUUUUACCCGGAUGGUAAAAAUCCGGAGGAUAGUUCGAUGUAUGUGUCGGUUUUUAUAGCGUUGGCUAGUGAAGGGACUGAUGUUAGGGCUUUGUUUGAGCUGACAUUGAUGGAUCAGAGUGGUAAUGAGAAGCAUAAAGUUCAUAGUCAUUUUGAUCGUGCUUUGGAGAGUGGGCCUUAUACUUUGAAGUAUAGGGGCAGCAUGUGGGGUUACAAGCGUUUCUUUAGAAGAACAACACUAGAAAAGUCUGAUUAUAUAAAGGAUGAUUGCCUAAUCAUGAACUGCACUGUUGGAGUUGUUAGAAGUCAUCUUGAAGGACCAAAGCAGUAUUCCAUCUCAGUUCCACCUUCCGACAUGGGGAAAGGUUUUAAGGAUCUAUUAGAUUCUGAAGCUGGCUGCGAUGUUGUUUUCAAGGUUGGGGAUGAAACCAUCAAGGCGCAUAAGUUGAUACUUGCUGCUCGUUCCCCUGUUUUUAGAGCCCAGUUUUUUGGACUUGUUGGAGAUCCUAACUUAGAUGAAGUACUUGUGAAGGAGAUCGAACCAUCAAUUUUCAAGGUGAUGCUAGAAUUUAUAUACACAGAUAAGCUUCCUGGUGUACAUCAGAUUACUGGCACAACAUCCAUGUGCACAUCCACCAACAUGGUGCAACAUUUAUUGGCUGCUGCUGACCUUUACAAUUUAGAUAGAUUGAAAUUAUUAUGUGAAUCAAAAUUGUGCGAAGAACUGAGUGCCGGGUCAGUGGCGACUACUCUUGCACUGGCUGAGCAGCAUCAAUGUUCACAACUCAAGGCUAUCUGUUUGAAAUUUGCUGCAAAUCCAGCAAACUUGGGAGCGGUAAUGCAGUCAGAAGGAUUCCGACACUUAGAAGAGAGCUGCCCAUCAUUGCUGUGCGAGAUGCUAAAGACAUUUGCUUCAGGAGAUGAGAACUCAAGUCUUGUAUCAAGUCGGAAGAGAAGCGGGAGCAGUAUAUACGGGCUAGAUAUAGCUGCCGAUGGAGCUGUAGCCGAAUCUGCAAAUCCCAGCGGCAGGCGCAUGAGGCGGCGGUUUUAGAAUUGUAUAUAGUUGUCAUCAGGUGCUACAUUGUCCUCCAUUGUCCUCUGAUAAACUAGAUUUGCAGGAUGGCGUCUUGGGUAGGUCUUAACUCUUCUACUGUUUUUAUGUCGCGGCUUUCAUGUCCUUGGAAAAUGGUUUUUGUACAGUACGUAAUUGUGAAAAACCAGUGAUGAAACUAACAGAAGAAAAGAAGACUACCUAAAAAUAUGGCUGCCUCCUUAUUGUUUUGCUUUGUGCUAGAAAAGAAAUGGAACAAUUUGCAUUUCAUAA